CCCACUCCCGCCCUCCAUAUACUCCACACGAGCUGCGAAGAUGCCAUCGGUUCUCCAUCACCAACGCCAUGUCUAUCAUCAUCACGAAAGUCUCCUUCGAGCACUACGAGCCUGGCGCUGCUUUGGGCAUCGCCACACCCCGCAUCUCAUGGCGCUUCGGCGGUGACGCCGAGAACUGGGAACAGGCCAGCUACGAAAUCGCGAUAUCUCGCAGCGGUCAGUCGAACUCCUUCAAGGUCGAGUCGAGCGACAGUGUUCUUGUGCCGUGGCCCGACAAACCACUCACCAGCCGGGAGCGUGCGAGCAUCUCCGUGACGGCUCAUGGAAAGGAUGGAUCUUCAGCAGCGGCCCAGGUUAACGUCGAAGCAGCCCUGCUCCAGCCAGCCGACUGGACCGCACAGGCUGUAUCGCGUCCGACGUACCCAGACAAUGUCGCCAAGCGCCCUUGUCUUCUCCGUCGCCGCUUUGCGCUCGAGACACUUCCCAAGACGGCCCGCCUGUACAUCACCGCCAUGGGGCUGUACGAGGCGACUCUCAACGGGCAGCGUAUUGGCGACCACGUGCUCGCUCCGGGGUGGCAAUCUUACUCGUACCGGCUCGCGUACCAGGUCUUUGACGUAGCUCCGCUUUUGAAGGAGGGCACAAACGAGCUGUGCGCGUGGGUCGGGGAGGGGUGGUGGGCAGGCCGGCUAGGCUUUCACACUGGCGCACGAGAUAUUUGGGGCACGCGUCCCGCCCUUGUUGCGCAGCUCGAGGCCGAGGGCAAGGUUCUUGCGCAGACAGAUGACGGGUGGGAGUGGGCGGAAGGCCCGAUUGUUGGCUCCGAGCUCUACGAUGGGGAAGCUUUCGACACGACUUUGUCCCUCACCGCAUUCAAGCCCGCAGAGGUGCUACCACGCCCAUUGCACCUCGUCGCGCCCCAAGCUCCACCGGUGCGCCGUACAGCGCAUAUCCCCGCCUCGGAAAUCAUCAUCACCCCGAGCGGGAAGACGAUCGUCGAUUUCGGACAGAACCUCGUCGGUUGGUUGCGCUGGAACAACCAGGUGGAUGGCACGGGAACCGUCACCAUUCGGCACGCCGAGGUGCUCGAGCACGGCGAGCUUGGCACGCGGCCUCUCCGGUUUGCGGACGCUACAGACACUGUCGUGCUCGGAGGCAAGACCGAAGGGCAUGAGCCCAAGUUCACCUUCCACGGCUUCCGCUACGCCGAAGUGACCGGCUUCCCGCGGGCAGUCGAGAAGGACGAUUUUACCGCCGUUGUCGUGCACUCAGACUUUGAGCGCACGGCCCAUUUUGAAAGCUCGCAUAAAGAGCUGAACCAGCUCUACUCGAACGUUGUGUGGGGCUUGCGCGGCAACUUCGUCUCAGUGCCGACAGACUGCCCACAGCGCGACGAGCGAUUGGGGUGGACAGCGGAUUUAAUGGCAUUUGCGCCCACCGCGUCAAUGAUCUACGACGUGAACGGUCUCUUGAGCGAGUGGCUAGGCGAUGUGGCCGCAGAGCAGCUGGACUACGGCAAGGGGCGACCGCCGUUCGUCGUGCCGAACAUCCCGCUCCCAGGGCAGGCGCGCACCGACACCCCGCCGCCUGUGGCUGUGUGGAGCGACGUGACUACAAUUACACCGCUGGAUAUCUACACCACGACUGGCGACGUGUCACUUCUCCGCGACCAAUGGCGGAGCAUGAAAGCAUGGAUUGAUGAGGGCAUUCCGCGGACGGAUGCUGGGUUGUGGAAGCGCGUCUUCCAGUUCGGCGACUGGCUCGACCCGCGCGCCCCGCCCGAGGACGCGGCAAACGGCAUGACGGACCCGACCCUUGUGGCCGACGCUUAUCUCAUCCAUUCAGUGCGUAUUGCAGCCAAGGUCGCGUUGGUCCUGGGUCAAGAGGAGGACCAGCGCCGCUACGAGUCUGAGGCUGCGCGCCUCCUCGACGCAUUCCAAGCCGAGUACGUCAGCCCCAAGGGCCGCAUUACGUCGGACUCCCAGUGCGCAUACGUCCUCGCCCUGCAGUUCAGGCUCGCUAAAAGCGAGGAGCAGGCCGAGUUUUGGGCCGCCACGCUAGAGCGUCUUGUCCGACAGGGCAUAUUCAAGGUCGGCACGGGUUUUGCGAGCACCCCCUUCGUACUCCUCGCGCUCGCGGCCCACGGGCGUUUGCAGGUAGCGUACCGCAUGCUGCAGGAGGGCGAGUGCCCGAGCUGGCUGUACCAGGUCAAGAUGGGCGCCACGACCAUGUGGGAACGCUGGAACAGCAUGCUACCGAGCGGCGAGAUAAACCCCGGCGAAAUGACGAGCUUCAACCACUAUGCCUUCGGGAGCGUCGGCGCGUUCUUGCACCAGGUCAUUGGUGGUAUCCGUGCCCUGGAGCCCGGAUGGAAACGCAUCGCAAUCCAUCCGCGUCCUGGUGGCACACUGACUGACGCGGCGACAUCGUUUACAACCCCUUACGGCGAGGUCAGCUGUCGCUGGGUGCUCAAAGGGGAACGUACACGCAUCGAGGCGACUGUUGUUGUGCCCCCAAAUACUACCGCCGAGCUCAUGAUCGGCGAUCAGAAGUUGGCCGUCGGAAGCGGGACGCACCGGGUUGAGGGUGUAUGGAAAGACGAGAGCGAAUGGCCUCCGCAGCCCAUCUCGUACUUCCACUUUCCGGGUGACGAGAAGAAGUCAACCUUUGUGCCGUGAGGGUUGGACUGCAGGAUGCUAGCGAAGAGUGAUUAGAUUGUGGAAUGUGACAAGCCGCUACUUCUCAG